CAAAAGAAAACAACCUCAAAACGACAAGUAGCUAGUUACAUUCCCACCGUUUUGCAUUCUUUAAUUCUCUGUUCUUCUUUCUAUGUACUUAACUAAAAUCCUAAGCUGAUCAAGAUCUUACUUUUCUUUCACCAAACAGCGGAUGGUCAAGUGGCAAAAACCCAAAUUACAUACUAAAUUGGAGGCUUAACCGAGGAUUGAUUUUUGUUGGUUUGCUAAAGAUAAUUACAGCUGAGAUGAACGAUUGAAAAUGAAGAACAAUUAAUCAAAAGCUUCUUUCCUCUACUUAAAAUAAAGAAAAACUUUACCAAAUGGAGCAGACACCUGAGAACCUUCAUGAGAGAAAUGAUCAUGUUCUUGAUAUACCAAAUGACGGUCAACUUGGGAAUAAUGUCGAAUCAACUAAUUCUCAGGAACCUGUGAUUCACCCAACUCCUUCUGGUGGAUCAAAUCAUGGGAGUUUUAUAUCAUCUUUUUGCUUUUGGUUUUAUAUUAGACUAGUUUUCAAUAUAAGUCAGAUUGUUGCAUCAGUAGCUGUUCUAGCUGUUUCCAGGAAUGAGAAGCCACAGGCUCCAUUGUCCACUUGGAUUGUGGGUUACGCUGCAGGGUGUGCUGCUUGUAUUCCCAUCCUUUUCCACCAUUGUUUUCUUCCGUAUCCUACGCUUAGCAGAUUGUUGGAGCAAUUUAAAUGGGUGCUAAAAGCUUACUUUUUUGUCUGGUUUAUUGUCGGAAAUAUUUGGCUAUUUGGAGGUUACUCAUCCUCAGGGGUUUCAAAUUUACACAGGUUAUGCAUGAUGUUUCUUGUCUUUAGCUAUCUCGAGUUUACUAUACCCUUUAUCUUGUGUGCGGUUUUAGCGUUCUGUUGUGGGGACCUUGGUCUAAUUAGAGGAGCCUCUUCGGAAUGCAUCGAUUCUCUGCCAACAUACACUUUCAAGUUGCAGAAAGAUGGGAGUGGAAGCAUAAAGAAAACUAAUUCUGAAGUUGAAGGACGGGAUAAAGCAACAGGAGCCGAAACGGACUGUGCAAUUCCAGGGGAUGAUGCUGUUUGCUGCAUUUGUUUGACGAGUUAUGAGGACAAUGACAUGCUGAAGGAGCUCCCUUGUUCUCAUGCCUUUCAUAAAAGCUGCGUAGAUAAAUGGCUUAAGAUGAAAGCGGUCUGUCCACUUUGCAAAUGCACGAUUUUGUCGAAGAAAUAAGGGUUUCUGUUUUUUGUUAAUUGUAUUACUGCAGUAGUACGCAAUCACACUUCUGAGUACAUUCCUCUAUGCUACCGAAUGGGGUCGGCAAUGGUGGAAAAGAUGAGAAGAGGGAGAAAGAAAAUAAGAAAUCUAAAAUGCAAAAGAUUGUACAUGCAAUGAUAUUUGUCACACUUGAAUACAAUCUGUUGAUAUCAACAUUUUUAUUCAAUUUUAAUAGAUAAGAGAGUUAA